AUGGUAGUUCGAUUUCUCCUCUUGCAGAAUCGCCAAGGCAAAACCCGACUCUCCAAAUGGUAUACCUAUGUGCCUCACGACGAAAAAUGCCAAACAGAAAACGAAAUUCAUCGUCUCGUCAUCAACAGAGACCAAAAAUUUACAAACUUCAUUGAAUUCAAAAACUUUAAAGUGAUUUACAGAAAAUACGCAGGACUUUUCUUUUCAGUAGGCGUUGAUAUUGACGAAAACGAGCUCUCUAUAAUGGAAAUCAUUCAUUUAUUUGUAGAAGUUCUUGACCAAUUUUUUGGAAAUGUAUGCGAACUUGAUUUGGUCUUCAAUUUCCACAAAGUUUAUGGGAUUCUAGAUGAAAUUAUUAUAGGGGGAGAAAUCAUGGAGUCCAGCAAACAAGUCAUUCUGAAUAAUCUGAAAAUUGGUGAUAAACGUAAUUAA